AUGGAUUGACAAUCAUUUUUGUUUUUUGUGAUGUCAAGUCAUAAUUUUUUUUUCUUCUUGAAAAUAUAUUUACAUCGUGGGAAACACGCCUCCUGAUUUAUAUCUUAAUUAUCUUAUAAUAAAAUAAAGAUUAAAAUUUGAAAAUAUCCUAAUAUAUUUGAAAAUAUAUGGUGAAUGAUCUGCCACGUGCUUACCUACCCCAUUUUCAAUCUAUAUGAAGACAUCUCUCCUCCCAUUAUUUCACGUGAACCUUCAGAAACCAAACUUUGGACCUUUUCUUCUUCUUUUUUUAUUAUUCUUUUCUCCAAUAUGGCUCUGCCUCUUUUAGUAUUAGUUUCAAUCUUUGUUCUCCUUCUUGCAUACAUUCUGUACCAGAGGCUGAGGUUCAAGCUACCACCCGGUCCACGGCCGUGGCCGAUUGUUGGGAACCUCUAUGCCAUCAAGCCUAUUAGGUUCAGAUGUUUUGCAGAGUGGGCUCAGGCUUACGGACCAGUUGUUUCAGUUUGGUUUGGUUCGACUUUGAAUGUAGUUGUGUGUAAUGCGGAACUGGCCAAGCAAGUUCUCAAAGAGAAUGACCAGCAGCUGGCCGAUCGACAUAGGUCUAGAUUGUCUGCAAGGUUUAGUAGAGACGGCAAGGACCUCAUCUGGGCUGACUAUGGUCCUCAUUAUGUGAAGGUUAGGAGAGUGUCUACUCUUGAGCUCUUCUCAGCAAAGAGACUUGAGGAACUCAGACCUAUAAGAGAAGAUGAGGUUACUUUCAUGGCAGAAUCCAUUUUCAAGGAUUGCACCAAUCCAGAGAACCAUGGAAAAAGCCUGUUGGUGAAGAAAUAUUUGGGAGAUGUGGCUUUCAAUAACAUUACAAGGCUAGCAUUUGGGAAACGAUUCAUGAAUUCAGAGGGCAUAAUUGAUGAGCAAGGCCAAGAAUUCAAGGCAAUUGUUUCCAAUGGAGUUAGGCUGGGUGGAUCACUGACCAUGGCAGAGCACAUUCCAUGGCUUCAAUGGAUGUUUCCACUAGAGGAAGAGGCUGUUGAAAAGCAUAACGCUCGUCGAGAUGGGCUAACUAGAGUUAUCAUGGAGGAACACACCAAUGCACGCAAGAAAAGUGGAGGUGCCAAGAAACAUUUCGUUGAUGCACUGCUUACAUUGCAAGAAAAAUAUGACCUUAGUGAGGUUACAAUUACUGGUCUCCUAUGGGACAUGAUUACUGCUGGCAUGGAUACAACAGCAAUCACAGUGGAGUGGGCAAUGGCUGAGCUAAUCAAGAACCCAAGGGUUCAACAGAAGGUUCAAGAUGAGCUAGACCGAGUGGUUGGGUUCGAACGUGUCAUGACUGAGGCAGAUUUCCCAAAUCUCCCUUACCUGCAAGCUGUAGUCAAGGAAUCGCUGAGGUUGCACCCACCAACACCACUGAUGCUACCUCAUCGUGCCAAUACUACUGUUAAAAUCGGCGGCUAUGACAUCCCUAAGGGAUCAGUUGUUCACGUAAACGUAUGGGCUGUGGCUCGUGAUCCGGCUUUGUGGAAGAACCCUUUAGAGUUCCGGCCGGAGAGGUUCUUCGAGGAGGAUGUCGACAUGAAGGGUCAUGAUUUCAGGCUACUUCCAUUCGGCGCUGGAAGAAGGGUGUGCCCUGGUGCACAGCUUGCCAUCAAUCUGGUCACGUCUAUGAUCGGUCAUCUGCUCCACCAUUUUCAUUGGACCACCCCUGAUGGUGUCAAGCCAGAGGAAAUUGACAUGUCAGAAAGACCUGGAAUUGUCACUUACAUGAUGACCCCACUACAAGCAGUGGCCACUCCUCGCCUGCCUGCACACUUGUACAAACGGGUGGCUUCAGAUAUGUGAUUUGCACGUUGCUGCCAUGGUUGUCCUUGGAUUAUUUUAGUUUUUGAAUUGGAUCGAGAUGGUCCAUCACCAAGUCUGAAACGGAUGCCUAUGGUUUGGAAUAAAUGAUGGGAAAAAACAUUAGCUGCAUUCAAUAAGCAGUCAAUAUUUUGUAUUUGAGGUUGUCAGCUCAAGCAUUUCUAUAUCAUAUGAUUUGAGGAGGUGACUCAUAAAGCCA